ACUCUACAAAAAUAAGCAAAACAUUAUUACGACUUUCUCUCUCUCUCUCUCUCUCUCACACACACACACACACACACACAGCAGAAAGCUUAAAACCUGUCUCUCUGAAACCCUUAAACCCUAAAUUUAGCACAACCAUGAAAGUCACAAAACAAUUACUAUUUCAAGAAUGAAGUCACUAAUCACCCCAACAGUCUUAUUCUCACCUAUGUCAAUAAAGGCCACACCUUUAGCUUCCAAUCUCUUCUCUUUAGCUUCAAAAUCCAAUCUUUUCUCGAAAACUCAAAACCCCAUUUCUUCUUCGCCUCUAAAACGCAUUAUGCUUUCAAUUGAGCCUUCAAAUUUUCUAAUUCAGACUCGGUGUGUCCAUUCAAAAUCCUCUCUUUCUACUUCUUCUGGUGAAAUUCAUGUGAUUGUUGGCCCUAUGUUUGCUGGCAAAACUACCACUCUUCUUCACCGUGUUCAAGCUGAAAUCAAUGAUGGCAGAAACGUAGCAAUUAUAAAAUCAAACAAGGAUAAUAGAUAUGGAUUGGAUUCAGUAGCGACACAUGAUGGGGUCAAAUUGCCAUGUUGUGCGCUGCCCAAUUUGUCAUCAUUCAGACAGAAAUUAGGUCAGGAUGCUUAUGACCAGCUAGAUGUGAUCGGUAUUGAUGAAGCACAGUUCUUUGAAGACUUGUAUGAUUUCUGCCGUGAAGUUGCUGAUCAUGAUGGCAAAACUGUAAUAGUUGCUGGCCUGGAUGGUGACUAUCUGAGGAGGAGUUUUGGUUCUGUACUUGAUAUAAUUCCCCUUGCUGAUUCCGUCACUAAGUUAAGCGCUCGGUGUGAGAUUUGUGGAAAACGUGCUUUCUUCACCUUAAGAAAGACAGAGGAGACACAGACAGAACUGAUUGGCGGGGCUGAUGUUUAUAUGCCUGUAUGUCGCCAGCACUAUGUCAGCGGACAAGUUGCAGUUGAAGCUGCAAGAAUGGUCCUGGGAUCGCAGAACGUUCAGUGUAGCUCUUGUGUGUAGCUCAUCUAUUCUUACCAUCACCAUACUCUGAUUCCGCUAUUGUGCUGCUGGUCGCUGCAAUAUGUUCAAAACUGAAUUGUUAAUCUAUCCUGUUCCCCCUGCAGGAUUGUACAUAUAGCUUAGAUCUUUUGAAAGGGGAAAAUUUGUAAUGUGAUGAAUGUGGGAUCUUGAAGAUUUGCAAUCAGGAAAAAAAAAAAAAAAGGCUUCAAGCCACAAA